AUGACUGUAUCGUAUCGCACUGCCAUCACUGUCGUUCAAUUCAUCUUUUUUGUCCCCUCUGCUGUCUACGCCACUUGGCUCUGUUUCCACUAUGGCCUUAAAGCUGCAGGCACAUGGCGAUUUAUCGCGACGCUUUCUUUGCUGCGUGUAGCCGGUGGCAUUUCCUACUUUGUGUCGUUAAGCAAUCCUGGUCUUAAUGUCAUUGUAUCCGUCGUCGUCUGUGAACUUUCAGGCUUGGCACCCCUCAUGCUUGUAUGCGUUGCUCUUGUCGGCCGAGUGAACAAGACGGCCAAGGUAUUCCCUGGAAAGGCCGCCAUUUGUAUCUCUCUACUCUCCUUACUGGGGCUAAUUCUCGGUAUUGCCGGCACGGAUGGGGCUCUCGAGGAAGCAGACACCACGGACGACAUCCACCUGAACAGUCUCACCAAGGCCGCAUUGGCCCUCUUCCUUGCUGGUUUCGCUCUGAUGCUAGUCGGUUACUUUGCAUUGGUCCAGGACAUACUACGCUAUCCAGCCAAGCGAGCUGUGCUUGGAACCGAAGCGCGCAUUCUAGUCAUCGUGGGACUCGCUGCGCCAUUUGUGUUCGUCCGUCUGCUUUACAGCGCCCUUGGUGACUUUACCGGAGCGGAACUAUGGAGCUCCAUUGGUGGAAACGAUACUGUCUAUCUCAUCAUGGACGUCCUCAUGGAGAUCUUUGCCAUCACUAUCAUGUAUACCACCAUAUAUUUCGCACCGCUGCCGAAAGACGCACCCGCGGAGCGCAUUGUGGACGCCGAGAGCGGUGACACUAACGAGUUGGCUGAACAACGGACAUCCUCAUCGCUCACUGCGAUAGAGCUUGGGAGCGAGAGUCAAACAGCCCUCAAGGAAGAGAGCCACAAGAACAACGAAGCUUAA